CCUUAGCCCCCCGGCUUACUGCUUCUCUUCUCUCUCUCUCCGAAACCACCACCAAAGCGACGCCGCUUCGGGUAUCGUCUGAGACCAUGUCGGCCUUAUCAAGAGGCCUAAUUUCUCGUCUCCGACUCCUCGCAUCCAAUGCAACGAGAACUACUACAACAACAACGACUAGCACAGAGCCGUACCCAUUCUUCUUCUUCUUGAGGAGAUUCGGCACCGAGGAUGUGUUGGUGGACGGGGCGUCCGAAGAGAGCGUCCAAGAGCAACAGCUUCGGGUUAUGACCCUGAAAUCCAAGCGGACCGGGGUGAUUGCCGUCAAGUGUGGAAUGUCCGCUCUCUGGGAUAAAUGGGGUGCUAGGGUUCCCAUCACCGUCCUCUGGGUCGAUGACAAUAUCGUCUCUCAGGUCAAGACCCUUCAAAAGGAAGGUAUCACUGCUCUACAGAUUGGUUGCGGGCAGAAAAAGGAAAAACAUUUGACGAAACCUGAAGUGGGUCAUUUUAGAGCUCAAGGCGUUCCACUGAAAAGGAAAUUGAGGGAAUUUCCUGUGACCGAAGAUGCACUUCUUCCUCUGGGCACAUCGAUUGGUGUUCGCCAUUUUGUGCCUGGCCAGUAUGUUGAUGUCACAGGAAUCACAAGAGGGAAAGGUUUCCAGGGUGUGAUGAAAAGGCAUGGUUUUAAAGGAAUGCCGGCAUCUCAUGGUGCGUCACUGUCACAUCGAAGUCUUGGUUCUACAGGCCAGAGGGAUGCUCCUGGAAAGGUAUUUAAAGGCAAAAAGAUGCCUGGGCGCAUGGGUGGGAAGCAGAGAACAGUUAAAAAUGUAUGGAUCUAUAAAAUUGACCCGGCAAGGAAUCUGAUCUGGGUGAAAGGCCAAGUCCCUGGUGCCGAAGGGAACUUUGUGUUCAUAAAAGAUGCUUUCUACAAAAAACCUGAUGUUUCACUGCUUCCAUUUCCUACUUUCUUUGCCCCGGAAGACGAGGACCCAGCAAAGUUGGAACCACUAGUUGCUGAUCUUGGGGAAGUAGACCCCUUUAUGGUGGCAGAUUAAUCAAGAGCAGACUUAAUAAAUAUGAGAACUGGUUGCUUGUUUACAUGAUCUAUUACCUUGCUGUCACUUUUUUGGUGAUCCGGAUUGCGCGGGUGGGUUUGUCUUCUAAGAAGCAUUUGAGGAAUUUGAUCUUGAAGUUAUGUUUGUUAGAUUACAGGGCUGCAGCUGCAAGGCAUGUAAUUUUAUUCUUGAGUUCAUUCAAUCUCUGCUUUUGAUAGUGGCUGACCAUGCUCCUACAUUGGGACUGUUUCUUUUUCUUCUUUUUAAAUAAUAGCUGUAAACUUGGAAUUUUGGCCUUCCAAUUAGCAUCACCCAUAGAUUUGAAGUA